UACCCAGAUUGCAAAGCGCUCAUAAAAGACGGUGCUUACAAACGGUUUAGCUUGGCGUUCGAGCAUUUGUGUGAUCUUUGCUCUUUAUCUUGUUCCAUUCAGUUGUGAUUAUGGCCACGGAGGUGCAAGACAUCGUUCCUGUCGACGAGACGAACCAAGAGCUUAUUGCAGGCGAGAAGAAAGUUGAGUACAGCGUGAAAUCCGAAGUUAUAAGCACGGUGAAAACUCACGAGACGGUUACAUAUGUGACUGAGGUACGCAGCGAAUCUGAAACAGUAGAGAACCACGUGCAGGAGACGACAACAGAAGAAGUUGUUAUAGUUCAGAAUGGCGAUGCUGAGGAAAGCAAGGAGGAGGAAGAAAAAGCCGAACCUGUCGUGGCCGAGGAAGAAAAACCCAAGGAGAACGGAGAGGAAGAGAGUCCCGCGUCAGAAGAGCCUAAAGUCGAAGCGAAUAUCGAGUCGAAAGUCGAGGCAACACCCGCAGAAGCUGACGCAGGAGCAGCCGAAACGAGCCCCGAAGCAGCCGAACCAAGUCCUGAUAUAGAAGAAGAACCACCUAAGGUUAUUCUCCAUCAACUGCCACCAGUGAAAGAAAUCGUGAGCCGUUCUCCGCAAUGCCUUGCCCUUGAGACCUUCGUGAAAAUGUCUGGCAUACCAUACGAGAAUGAGUACGAAGAGAAGGCGCAAGAUGUAACAAAGGAAAACAAGGGAAAAAUACCCUAUAUUGUGUACAAGAAGAACAAGGUCGAAGGACUUAAGAACUGUAUAAAUUUCCUUAAGAAAGAGUUUGAAACUGAGACGGAUAAGGAUCUCUCCCCAACUGACGAAGCUGUCGUUCACGCCUUUCGCACUAUGAUCGAAGAAAGCACGAAUUGGAGUUUGGUUUACUAUCGCUGGGUUGACAACUAUGGCGAAUCAAAGAAAAUGUUCAGCAAGUUACCACCUGUUUUGAACGUUGUAAGUCCUAAAAUGUUCCAAAAUAAGUGUAAGAAGUCCAUCGAAAGCCAUGUUAUCGGUCGUCAUAACCGCGAAGAGCUGUACAAUAUCGCUGAGCAAGACCUGAAAGCCCUUUCAGCCUUCCUGGGGGAGAAACCUUUCUUCUUAGGUGACCAACCUUCGAGUUUCGACGCCGUGGCGUUCGGCUUGCUUGGUAACUUUGACUACGGCACAGUUGGUUCCCCGCAGCAGAAUUUGAUCCGAGAGAAGCUGACGAAUCUGCACGAUUUCAACGAGCGAAUGAAAGAGAAAUUUUGGUCGGAUUGGGACGAGAUUUGUGGCGCGGAGAAGUUCCAGGAGAAACCCAAAGCAUCGCUCGUGAAGCGCCUCAGUUUCCGCGGGAAUAAAAAAUCGAAGAAACCGGCAAAAGAAGAAGGCGAGAAAUCGGAACCAACGAGUCCGAGCGAGGAGACGAAAGAUGCAGGCGAAACAAAGGAGAAUGGCGAGACAUCUGAGAGCCCAAAAGUAAACGGCGAAGCCGAGGCAGAAGGCGAAGCCAGCGACGACAAGAAAGACGAGAGCGAGGAAAAGAAAGACGAAGCCGCGGAAAAGAAAGACGAAGAACAGAAACCAGAGGAAACAGCAACAUCAGACGAAACGGCCAAACCAGAGGAAACUAAAGCUCCAGACGAAGGUGAGAAAGGUGCGGAGUAAACAAUGGUCAAAAUACAACAAGACAUGAUAUCCUGUGUAUAGACUGUGAUAAUGGACUACAAUCAAUCCAUGAACACAUAAAUGACAUAACUUUAAGCAGAUUUAGACAUCUUUCUGCUCGCUCGUGUGAUGGACGUCCCCAUAAAAAUUUGUGGAUAUUUAUAUAUGAUUUUUCCAAUUCAAUGGGAGAGUAUAAGAGACGUAGGGGGGCGCGCUCAGAAACACGAUAUUCAUUUCAUAACAAAAACAUAGUUAGGUAUAUUAUAAUGUGCAACUUUUCCACAAAAGAUAAAACUCGUAUAAAGUGUAAGCUAGUAUUCAUUUUGCCUCAUUUACAGGCUGUUUAAUAUAGAGAUUUAAUACAAUUUUGUUGUUCGGCAUCGUGUAUUUGGCA